AUGGAACAUCAUGGUGGACUGUUUGCGGACAUUUCGAACAGUUUCCCGGGCGCCAGCGGCCUGCCGAGCACGAAUGUGAAGUACCACCUUCACAACCCUCCCCAGAUCCCACCGCAACCCCCUCCGCCCCCGGUGCCACCCUUAGGGUCCUCUAGGCAGUACCAUCAGUACCAACACCAUCACCAUUCCCAGCAGCAGCAGCAGCAGCAACAACAGCAGCAGCCGCUGAACGUCCACCUGCAGAAUUCGGUCCCAUCGCAACAGACCACGGCACAGUCGGUUGUCGUUGGUGGAUACGGACAACCGGCGCCCGGCAUCAUACAGCAGAGUCAUGUUAUACAGCAGUCUCAACAACAGCAACAACACCAUCAACCUGAGCUUCAAACCGCAACAGCAACCCAGCGGCAGCAUCACCUGGAAGCGCUUCAUCAGCCGCUAGGCGCAGGGAACGGUGGAGCUGGUGGACUGUAUCCGGACAGCAACGCUGCCGGUCUGUUCGACGGCACCAACACCAACGCGGCCGCAUCGCUCUGCGUCAACAGCAACAGUGCCGGGAGUGGGACAAGCGGUAGCAACGCGACUGCCGCUACCAGCAACAGCAGCUACAGCUCGAGCAUCAGCAACAGCUCGCGCAAGUUCGAAACCAACACCGGCGACAGCAUCACGUACAACAUCAACAACAUCAACACCAACAUUGUGAACAACAUCAGCAGCGGCCAGGGAGCACCGCCGGCCAUAGCGGCCAUCACGAACGGUGGUGGUGACUUUCUCGCUGGCGUUACGGCGGCAACGCAGUACGGUGCGGGAAGUGGUUCGACGAUUGCAGCGAACGGUGGUGGAACGGGAACGGCGGUUGGUGCGGGUGGUGGUGUGCCACAGCAAGGUGUCAGCAAUCCGACCAUCAUCAACAUUAGCAAUAACAAUCACAACAUUAUGGCCCCCCCGUACCCGUACCAUGGUCCGCCCCAGUAUCAGCCGAAGAUGGGCGGCAGCGGUGGUGCCGCGUACAAGGAGAUGGGCGGGAAGUACGGUGCAAUCGGUGGAACGGGCGGUGGAGCAGGCGGUGCGGCAGGUAGCUGGGCAGAGUACGCAACGCACCACCACGAGGCAACGGUGAUCGGGAACUUCGAGGCGAAGAAUCCCAACAAGUACCAUCACACCGCGUCCGGUGCGACGACGGGUGGGUCGCGCAUGUCCGGUGGCCAGUAUCGGUAUGCCGGUGCGACCGAUUACGUAUCCCAGCCGGUACCGCCCGGUUCGACGGGACACUACGUACCGUCGCACACCGGCGGAGGUGGUGGCGCUGGCUAUGGGCUGUACCACCCCGAUGGGGUACAGGCGACACCGAUCCAACAGUCCCCGACCGCGGGUGCUCCGGGUGGACAUGCGGGUUAUGAUGCGUAUCCGCACAUCGUCCGCAACAAGUACACCGGUUCCGGACCACCGCCGGGAAUGCAUCUGUCGAGUGGAUCGCGCGUCGCUCCCACGCACGCCGAUCUCAUGUACAACGAACGAUCUCAGCGAUACGUCAGUGGGUAUGGCACCGGGAACACCUACCUGCCCUCGAGUACUGCCGGUGCCAGCGGUGGAGGCAAUGCAGCGGGAACGACCAGUGCCGGACACGCGGCAUACUACACCCAGAUGGGCCCGAGCAAGGGUAUGAUGAAUGCGGGCAUGGAUUACUACGGCAAUACCUACACCACCAAGCAGCUGUCCGGCUCGCAUCCGCACCACACCCCGAGCAAUCCUUACAUCCCACCGAAUCGGAUGGCGUACGCCAGUCAAACGGGUGCGGGUUAUCAUCCCCACCCGUCCCAUCCGGCCCACCAUCAUGUGCCACAUCCGCACCAUAAAGGUGCCGUCGGAGGCUAUGGGUAUACGAGCGCGAAUGGUUCCGUGUCGUCGUACGACGAUCCCUACCACCAGCGGUCAAUGGGUGGACGAGUGCCGCUGCCCCACCCGUACACUACCGAUCCGCACCAUCAGCACCAGAGCGCACCGGGGUCGGUGCCACCCUACGGUGCCACGAGUGCCGGUGGCUACCACCAUCAGGUGCAAGGCCCAAUGGGAUAUCCGAACCCGAAACUGACAUUCAGCAAAAACAUGAACGAUUUCUACACACCGAAUGUGACGUCGAGCAGUGUUGCGCCGCAUUACGCCGGUGCACAUCCGGGAUCGAUGCAGCCGGCCGGUCAUGGACAUGCGGGACAUUACGGUAUGAAGUACUCGUCACAACCGAUGGGACCGCAGCAGAAACACGUUGGUGGAGGAACGGCAUUGGGCCCCGGCGGUGUGCCCACGUCCUUGGGACAGCCGACCCGGAAAGCGUCCAGUUGCUUCUACGACACGCCAAGCCCGGUGAUCGACAUCAACCACCCGCUGAUCGAUCUGGAGGAGCAGAUCAACAGUGUGAAGAUCCUCAAGGGUGGACCCGCGCCGAUGGGCACCGUACCGGGGUCGAUGUACGAUACGAACCAUGCGCUCAACUACGACUGUCAGCAGAUGUAUCUCAAGAACCGGUACAUGCACUCCAAACCGGUCCCAUCGGUUCCGCACAGCAACACCAACCCCAUCGGUUACGGAAGCGUACAACCGAUCUCUGCCGGUGAGCAUCCUCACCAACGCCAUCAACUCCAUCACCAGCCGCAUCCGGAAGCCGUUGGGGCUUACGGGGGCUACGCCACGAUGGAAGAUCUAGGGCUGGGGCCGCGCAGCUUCGCAUUGGAUGAAAAUCUCAAGGAUAAGAGCUUGCGCGAUUACCUCACAAGCUGGAGCGAAAUGGAGGAGGAAGACUCUUCCGGUGCGAAAGCAGCCAAGGAGGCCAACAACAACUUGGCCGCACAUCAGAACUACGAGUCGUGCAAGUACAUGGGUCAACUGCAACCGUCACUGGACACAACGCCGAAAGCGACGGAAGAAGUACCGGUGACACCGCGGCCGGCAGUUACCGAGAGCGCACCGGUCAAAGGUAGUCCUGCCGUAACGCCGGAAGCUAUUACAACGCAUUCCUCUCCUUCACCACCAUCAGCUGAAGCGGUUCCGGCAGCCGCACCGGUAACCGGCCACACGGGAGUAAUAGUGGCGAAUGUGCAAAGCAACGGUAACCUGCCCGACAUCCUCGUAGACAUUGAGAAGCCACCGAAGGCGGAAGAAACCGGCAAGGAUGGUGAAAAGUUGUACAUACUCGAGACGUACGAUGUGCCGCAGAGCGAGCUGAACAAGUACAAGCAUCUGAGCGUUAUCAACGAGCUGCCGAAGAAUGUCGUUCCCAUCAACGACAGUGCCGAUUCGCUCAAGUUCCUCGAGGAGAUCGAAUCCAACCGUGAGAAGUACUACCAAACGGAGCUCGAGUCGGAGGUGGUGUAUGAGGAGAAGGAAAAGGAGAAGGAAAGGGAGCAGGGAGUGUUGGAAGAGGGUAAAGUCGUGGUAGACGAGGAGGAAGCUGUGACCGAGCAGACGUCAGUUAUUCAGGAGCCAAAGCACGAGAACGAUGUGUCGGAAAAAGCUCACACCGGUGAUGAUCUUAGGAGUGAUGAAGAUGCACCGGAGGAAGCACAGUGCGAAAAAUCACCCGAUUGUAAACCUGAAGAUUUGUCCCAACCCAAGCUGCAAGGGGAAGUAAAACAAGAUCCCGUUGGAACGCUGGACCGUAAGGAAGAUGUCCGCCACGACGUUCGGAAUGUUUCGGACGCCAAAGGUGACGCCGCGGAGGUGAAGUGUGAAGGUACGGCAGUAAAAGACUCGCCGUCCGCUGUUGAGGAGGAGGCAUCCUUCAAGGUGCCGCGCUGUUUCCCAAAGCACCGGAAACGGCGCUUCUACGACUAUGAUAUGCCCCGGUUUCCGAAGAAGGCGCGUCGCUCCAGCAUAGAAGAGUUUAUCAAUUGUGAUAUACCGAAAUUCAAAGUACAAACUAUCAAGCGUAGCCCGAAAAGUCUGCUCAGUUUGCUGGUGGACACGCUCAACUCGAAACCGUUCCGCCGUUGGGCCAAACAGGAUCUGGCCAGACGGCAAACGCCACUGCAGCACGGUGAGCGUGGUGAUGCGGUCGAAGGGUCAAUGGUAGAGGAACUUGUCGAGGUGGAAGCGGAAGCCAUACCGUCCGAACAGGAGGAAACGGAAAGACGAACCGUGCUGGUGUUGUCUUCCAUUCCUUCUUUGAGGGAUUUGUGUUGCGAGCGAAUCGAAUCGCUGGCGCUUUUCCGCCAGCCGGCGACACUCAAGGAGCUGUGCGAGCGGGUGAUCCGGGAGAGCAAACACCUUUACAUCAUUGAGGAAAUGAAGAGCGAACCGCCCAGAUUGCAGGAUCUCUGCAAAGCCGUCCUGAGUGAGGCGAACAUCUUCAUCGACGUCAGCACCAACGAGGUGUGCAUCAUUGACGAUGACGGCGAAGAUGUGGACUGCGAGAUGGUUCCUUCCGCGGCCACCACAUCGAGCGCCGGACGCGUAUUUAUCGUCGAGGAGGAUCGUGGCUCAAUAGCGGAUCUACUGUGUGAAAACAUCCAGCUACAGAAGGAGGAUCUCGUCGUCGUCCGGCAAGACAUCGGCGAAGGGUGCGAGGAUCAUGAGAUCUUCAUGGCGGAUCUCGCUGCCCAGCCAGAACCAAUGCUGGCGGCAGAAAGCGAAAGUGAUAUCUUUAGCCGGGUAGAGCAAGAGAUCGAAAAGAUGAUGCACACAAGUUCGUCGGAGGACGAGGCCGAGGUACCGGCGAAGGAUUCGGAGCUGUUUGCGUUUGCCGAGGAUGGGGAGUGUGUGCAGUACGAGGAAGUAGUGCCGGUGCACGUGGAAGAGCAAAGCGUGAAUGAGGGUGUGCUGAGGGCGCUUCGGGCAAAGUAUGCGUCCCGAGCCGGGAGCCAGAGGAGACUGCAUCAGCGGUUGGUGCGCAAGUAUGUCGUCUAUCAACGCUACAUUGAGACGCGUGUUGGGGUGCUACCGCGGAGUUCCGUUCGAUGGAGAAAGAUGGCGGACACCAGAGAUACGUCCGACGAAGUGGAAUUGAUGCCUGCGGUGCAGCACGAUGAGGAAAGCAACUGCUCGAAUAGUUCGAGCAGUUCCGGCAGCAGCAGCAGCAGCAGCAGCCGUUCAUCAAGCUCUUCUCGCAGCAGUCACUCGUCGCGCUCUUCGUCGUCUAGCUCGUCGUCGUCUAGCAGCAGCAGUAGCAGCAGUAGCAGCAGCGAGAUGGAAGACGAAGAGGAAACGGUCAAACUCGUGGCGGCGGUAGAAUUAACACCGGAUGAGCAUUCGAGUGCCAGCGUAACGCUAGGCGAGGCGAACAAUAAUACUAUCGAGCUCGCCGAUUCGGCCAUGCCCCGGGAGCAGCAGAAGGAAAUGGUUUCACAGCCCACGAUGAAGGACGAUGAAUCUCAACCCGAUCAUGUGCCGACUGGCUCCGACAUCGGUAAUAGCCCGGUGCGGUGUGAUGACAGCAGUGUGAGUAGCUGUAGCAGUAGUAGCAAUGGAAAAGCCAGUCCCGCCACAAGUCAGAACACCCGAGCCAGCAGUCCGUACACCAGCAGUGGUAGCGGUAAAAGCAACAGUAGAAGUCCCAACAGUUCCAUGGAACCAGCGCGUGCCGCUGCAAAAGCCACCCACACCACCGACCGACCGCGCUCGGUAAUUGUUUCGCCACCGAUUGCCAAAAAGAAGAAAAAGCUUUCGUUCGAAGAAAGUCUGCUCAACAUCGACCAAAUGUACCGGAAACCGGCUAGUCCGGCCCCAAUCGCCCCGAUACCGUCGCCCAUACCACGCACGGCCACCAGCCCCCCGUUUGCCGCCACUCGCCCGAAUGUGAUCGUAAACGUGAACAACAGGCGUGAGGUUCCUCGCAAGCUAAUCAUACCGUCGUACAAGAUCUUCGACCAGACGGCGGACGAAUCACGACCGCCUGUCAACGGGCAUCACCGGAAGGGAUCGAUGGAUGCCGGCGCGUCGCCGGCACUGCUCGAGCUGAGCGGUGGAUUUGGCAGACAGAUCCAACAGCGUAGAACGUCCAUCAGCAUCGCACCAGCGUACGGACGCUCCGUCUCCACGUCCGAGGGCGAUCGACGAACGCGCGGCCUGGAGCGUCGGAAGGCCGCACUGGUGCGGCGUCGGAGCUGCUGCUGCUCACCGCUGCGCUCACCCCCGGGCUCACCGCUAGCGUUGCCCGUGUGCACCAAGUCUUCGCCGGCGACGGUUCAGCUGAAUGCACCGGUACCGUACGUGCGCCUGGAGCGAAACGAUUACGUGGAAAAGCUGGCGGAGAACUAUCGUCGGCAGGCACAGCAACACCCAAGGUCGUCGUAG